UGUAAUAAACGUCCGCAGAUGUUGGGAUUGGGGGAUGGUGUAUGAUGAGAAAUGAAAUUGAACAGCACACACAUCCAUCUCCUGUUCUGUUAAAACUUUUAAUUGAAAAGCACCUUUGAUUACUCAUUCAUCAUCAAGCAAAUGUGUCAAAAUGAAUUUUGAUGAUAUUAUCUACGUUUUCUUCCUUCUUACUUCAAUUGGCAUAGGACAGUACAUUCGGCACAUUCCUGGUCAGUUACAAAGACAAUAUGUCUGUACUGGUGUUGGAGUGCUGCUCGUUUUUCUGGUGUCCAGACUUCAUAUAGUCCAUCCUUUAAUCCUAACCUGCUUGAAUGGCUUAAUUGUUUUGCAUGUAAACAAAAAGUACUGCCAUAUCAUCAGCUUCCUAUUUUGUUUUGGUUACCUGGCCUUUUUUCGAUGGACCUCCCAGUAUUAUAUGGUGGGCGUUGCCUUUGAAGUUCACCAGAGUUACAGAUUUAAGCAAGAAGGAUAUCCAGAUAAAAACGUUGAUUUUAAAACCGAGCAUCAUGUCAUCCAUCCAUCAUUUCUUGAUGUUUUUCAGUACUCCUUCUGUUAUGCUGGAGUUCUCAUUGGUCCGUAUUACAAGUAUAAGACUUACAUCGACAUGUUUUCUGUCCCUUACGCACCAUAUUUACCUUGCUUCAAGAUAUUGAAACACAGAAUUUGCUUUAUACCUCUUUACAUUGGGAUGUUUUUAUUGUCUGACUACAUUUUUCCAUUGGAGUGGUCAUGUAACUGUAUGAAUAAUAUAGGUCAAAAUCCUACUACUGCUAAAAAGAAAGAAAGACAGGAGUUAACUCUCCAAAUUCUAGGGAUACAUAAAGAUAACCAAGAAGCUUGGAGUGAAACAGAAUACAACUUCCAGACUGUUCAUAAUAUUGAUGAGUUUGGUAGUGAGUUCCUUCCAACAAUCAGGGAAGGGAUCCGUUCUUGGAAUCGAACAGUGCAGUACUGGUUAGUUAUGUUUGUGUAUAAACAAGUGCCAUUUACAAAACCAGUUAGGAUGCUAGUGACCAUGUUGGUCAGUUCUUUUUGGCAUGGAAUCUACCCUGGAUACUACUUGUGUUUGUUAAGUGCACCUUUAUUUCUGUUAGCUGAGGCUGAGAUGGAAACAUUGUUUAAAAAAAAAGCAUCCCCACUAGGAAAGCAGGUGUUCGAUUGGAUUUGGUGGGUCAUAAAAAUGCAAGCCUUUGCAUAUAUGGGGAUGGCUUUUCUUCUGUUGCGAGUAGAUAAAACUCUUCAUUACUGGUGGUCCAUUUAUUUUGUUGGACAUGUUUUUGUUCUGGCUAUUUUCACUGGAACGCUUUUGUUGAAGCAUCUAUGCAACACUAAACUUAAGAAAAGCUGACCGACAAAUAGAUCAUGACAUAAGAUUUCUACUUGUUGCAUCUUUUUUUUUUUCUUAUCAAUGAAUUCAAGAGUUUUUAGCACAAACGUUUUGUUGCUAGUAUGUUUAGAGUGUUGUUUCAUGUAACAAAACGUUUCAGUUUCUUUAUUAUUCAUUUUUAUUGGGAUUGACAUAAAUUGUAUAGAUCGAUAAUGAUGAAAUUCGUACUAAACACAAGAAUCACCGACUGACGUAAAAUAUUUUUUAUUUCCAUUUACUAAAGGUUAAAGGCUAAUAAGAACAACUCAGUGGCUAGAGUGCCAAAACUGUGUAACUGAGUUUUGGUAGUUCACUUCCUAUUACAACAAAUUCCAAAACAAGUUGUGCUUUAUACUUUGGGAACGUGCAUGCUUAUAAAAGUGAUAGUCAGAACUAACUGUAUGGUCUAUCACUUCAACAUUUGUGAUGGCUGGUGCAGAUAACCCUCUUGCAGAUUUAUGUAGAAUUAAAUAAACCAAAGUAACUAACUAAAAGUUACUCUUUUCUCUGAAUUCUAAGGUAAGGUUUUAAAAAUAACUUUUGUGAACAUACAAUGUCACAGGAUGAAUACAUUUUUUUUAUCUAGCUCAAUUUUUUAUAGGAAAAGUAUAUAUAUAUAUUUUACAUCCAGAUGUACGAAUCAUGUUAUUUUGCUAUUUUUCUCCACUAGUGUUUAAAAUGUUUGACUUAAUAUUACAGUUAAAGUUUCAAUAAUGAUGUUUUACAAUAGCUUGUAGAUUUUACUUGCUAAUUGCCACAAAGUUUUAUCGUCCCGAGGAAGUUACUUCUAUGCUAAAGCUCUUCGGUAUUAACAGUCUUUUUUUUUUCCCCCUUUAAACAUAAUUGUCUUGAACUGAAAAAAAUGUUUGAGUAAGAUAAUAUUCCUGUUUAUCUUACUAUUAUUUUUUUAGAUGUUUGUGUACUUAAAAUAACAAUCGAAAUUACACACCACCUUACUUUUAUCCACAUUUGUUUGGAAUACAAAUAUUCGUCCAAAACUUCAGAUUUUUUUUCACACUUCAGUGUUGUUUCAGUAGCAAUGCUACUUUCUAUUGAACAAAGUUAAUGUUAAAAACAAGAUUGUUAGAAUUGUAAUUUAGAGUAAAUUCAUCCACAUUUUGUUAUUUUUAAUUCAUGAGUUUUUGGCCACAAUCCAGAUGAGCUUUAAUGUACAAGGGUCAAAUUUGGCCACAAUACAGAUGAGCUUUAAUGUACCAGGGUCCAAUUUGGCCACAAUACAGAUGAGCUUUAAUGUACCAGGGUCAAAUUUGGCCACAAUACAGAUGAGCUUUAAUAUACCAGGGUCAAAUUUGGUCACAAUACAGAUGAGCUUUAAUGUAU